AUGGCUAGCGGAUGGCACUCGAUUAUAGCGGGGGGAUCCAAAGACCCAGGUUUAUCAAACACCAAGGAGUCCAAGACACCAAUCUACUCACUGUCGCCCAGCGACACCAAUAAUCCAGAUCCAGCACAAACUCAGCCGGAGUUCAUUGUAGAAGAAAUCACUGGAAAACGGUAUGUGAACGGUCGAGUCGAGAUGCAAAUCAAAUGGAAGGAUUUUCCCCCGGAGAGUAGCAGCUGGGAGCCCCUUGAGAACCUAGGCAACUGCAUACUGUUGGUCGCCGACUUUGAAGCGAAGCUCUUCAGGAUGAAAGAAAUGGCAAGGAGUGGCAGCAAGAAGAAAGUAGGCAAGGAGCCCACAGCAAUGAAGGCAUCCCUUGCUCCAGCACCCGGGGAACGGGAACCAGGAACCAAGUCAAUCGACAAGAAAACACCAAAAUCUACACCACAUCCGAACACAGGCCUUCAGAUCGGUGGAAAUCAGAAAGAAGGAAAACCGAUCAAACUGCGUCCUGCGUUGCAUUUGCUAUUGAGCGACAACGAGGUUCCAUCUACCUCAUUUGGCCACUGGGCAAAUCCUACUCCAUCGGAUCGGGAAAUAUCCGCCAGACCCUUUUCGUCUGCAGCUUCCUCAGCAUCUUCCAUAUCUUCGGGUUCCAACUCUCAGCUUCUCAAUGAGCUACGCACAUUAAGCAUCACUAAACCACCACUAAAACCACUAAACUCUCAAAAGGAGAAAGCUCACCAACCGCAACCGGAAGCCAAGGCUGCGACUAAAAAAAUGCAGAAGAAUCUAAUACCGGCAGCUACUGAGAAUCCCAUCGAUAUGGCAUUGAGUGACAUUCGCAACAUGCAGCUAGUAGAGAAGGGCCCAAAGGUCCAGAUUCUAGUCCAAGGUCCAAAGAAAAGCAAGAAGAUCACGAAGCAGACUCAGGAACAAGAAAGCAGUGAUGAAGACCCGGAAACCCCUUCGAUGACGCCGUGGGAGACCGUUUUCGGACUGGCUCGUGGCCUCGAGUUGGAUAAAGUUGUGAACAGCUUUCAUGUGUACGAUAGACACUUUUUGUUUGUCACCUGGAAGGGCAUCGAUGCGGUGGAUACUGUGCCUAUGGAGGAGUUAAAGGAGGCGUAUCCUGCCCAAGUGCUAGAGUACUUUGAAAAAGUUGAGCGUCGCUACAACUGAUGGGAAUUGAAUUUUCCAAUAUCAAAAGACAACAAUUGGUACAUUUUUAAUCAAAUGCUAUUGGAAAACAUCUUAAAUCCUAAAAUGUUUAAAAGAAUUGAACAACUUGUCGAAAUGUACAUGAAA